AUGCCCAGUCUUGCCAGCAAAGCCGGAAGCUCAAGGCAGUUCGGCACGACUCUGCGCAGCAACGGAAAGACCCUCAGUCGGGCCCUCCCCCUCGGCGCAAUAUCCGGCAGUGGACUAGGAGCUGCCGGCAUCCUCUCCUCCCGCGUCCUCCUCUCCGCAAAGCAGGCUCGCUAUGCAUCUACACAACCAGCGUCGUCACCCCCGGUCGUCGACGCCGCCGCUCCUACCUCCUUACCUGACCUCUCCUCUACCCCGAUCGACAUCGAUGGCUCGUCCCUGCUCAACAUGCCCGAGCAGAUCGGCUACCUACAAGCCCUCGGCCUCGACUUCGGCUGGGGCCCGACCUCCAUGAUGCAGUGGCUGCUUGAGCACAUCCAUGUCUACACAGGCCUGCCGUGGUGGGCGUCCAUCGCGGCCACGGCGGUACUGAUCCGGCUGGCCAUCUUCAAGCCGUCGCUGACGGCCGCCGAGCACUCGCAGAAGAUGCAGAAGCUGCGCCAGGACCCCGUGUUCUCGGCUGCCCAGGAGAAGAUGAUGACGUCGAUGCAGAGCGGCGGCAAGCAGGGCAUGGCGGAGAUGCAGCAGGCACGCCAGGACAUGAAGCUCAUGCAGGAGGAGGCCGGCUUCAAGAUGUGGCGCACAUUGGUGCCGCUCGUCAACGUGCCCAUUGGUUUCGGCAUGUUCAGACUCCUGAGGGCUAUGGCAGCGCUGCCUGUGCCUGGGCUCGAGACCGGUGGCUUUCUGUGGUUCACAGACAUGACCGUCCCGGAUCCGUUCUUUUCUAACCUGCCGUAUAUGGCACCGCAACAAGCAGCAGUCAUGAAGAUGAUGCAAUACGUCCUCACACCGCUCUCCAUUGCCGUCACAUUUAAGAUGGCCGCCAGUCUACAGUUUUUCUUCGUCAUAUCCGCCGUGCUUCAAUGGUGUCAGACCUAUCUCUUCUUCCAGCCUUGGCUCAGGAGGUGGGCCAACCUACCCCCUCUAGAGUCUCACGAGGUCAAGGUCGCGAGAACCGGGUCUCAGUCUGGCACCCCGGGGAGCAGCGGCCAGUGGCAGGCACCCAGAACCAUCACCACGACCGCGAGGCCGGCGGAGACGGUAGGGGAUGACAAGAGCGUCGUUACUAACAACCCGGUGACGAACCUGAAGAACGCCUGGAAGGGAGUCAUGGGCGAGGGCACAAAGAGGCAGGCGGCCAAGACAGCCAAGGCUCACGCACAAAAGGCAGAGGAGUACGAGAAGAAGCGCCAGCUCGAGGAACAGGAAAAGUUCUACAGGAGGAAAGAGGAGAGAAUUCAAAAGGCGAUGGGGAAGCGCAACAACCUCUAG